AUGAUCUCCUACGAAGUUGAACCAACCAAAAAGAAGAAGACGGUUCCUGAGCCACCGUCGUCGUUUUCAUCACUUCCAGACGAAAUCAUAGAGAACAUUCUUGCCCGUGUCUCGAGAUGGAAGUACGCAUCGCUCUCUCUCGUCUCAAAGAGAUUCCACUCUCUCUUAUCAUCUAUGGAGAUCUACAGGACACGAUCUCAAAUAGGAGCCGAUGAAACAUGCGUCUAUGUCUGGUUAAAGUUGCCCGAUCACCCGUGCGCAAGCUGGUUUAGUCUUCGGACGAAACCUAAUAAAAAGCAAACCAAACGGAGAAGCAAAAUUAGGUUUAAGCGGGGCUCGAGUGGACUUUCGGUUGUGCCUAUACCUUCCUCUUCUACCGAUUCUUUUCCCGAACAACAUAACAUCACAACGUUUGGUCCGGACAUCUACGUAAUCGGUGGAUCCUACGAGAAACCAUCUUCCUCUGUUCGGAUCUUUGAUCGUCGGAGUCACACUUGGCGUGAUGGCCCUAACAUGACCGUGGCUAGAAAGUAUGCACGUACAGUUUUACUCGAUGAGAAAAUAUAUGUGAUGGGAGGUUGCGAUAUUGACGAGUACUAUGCCAACUGGAUUGAAGUAUUUGACCUAAAAACUCAAUUGUGGACAGCCUUUCCUGGUCCUGGUGCUGAUGAUGAAGACUUACGUAAUCACUUACGCAAAUCUAGUGAAUAUGUUAUAAUUAAUGAGUUCGAAGGGAAACUUUACGUAGCGACAGAUGAGAAGGAAUUCUCUUACGAGCCGAAAAAUGGUAAAUGGAAACUUGUAAGAGAGCCGUCGAGUUUAAUAUCAGAUUCCAUAGACGUUUUGUGUGAGAUGGGGAAUGUAAUAUACGGUUGCACUGACUUGGGUUACUUAAUGUGGUCUGCCCCAGAGAUGGAGGGUAGAAAGUGGAGAGAGAUUAAGGGUUUGGAAAAACUCCGUAAGCAUCCUACAAGAGGUUUAGAAAUUGGGUGUGAGAUUGGACUGGUGGGCUAUGGUGGCCAACUUUUAGUUAUGUGGGACACAUAUAUAUACAAACGAUGCUACAAAAUUUGGUGUGCAAAGAUUUCUUUAGAAUCAAGGCGCAAUGGACGUGAGGUGUGGGGAAAAGUUGAGUGUGUUGAUCUGCUUACCUUUCCUGUCAAGUCAUAUGAAGGGUUUGGUUGUGUUGCUGUGUCGGUUUGA